GAAGAAAGCAGCAGUAAUAAUGAAAAAAGAUUAAAAGAAGCAAGAGAGGCAGGAGAGGAAAAGCAGCAAGCUAACCGCGCUGGAGAUCCCACCUGCCAAACGCCGGCGGAGCGGAGCGCUUGUCCGUCUGUCUGGCUGGUAAGCCUGACGAUCACAUGCAUCCCCGUCCUGCCCCCUCCCUCCACAGCCCUCCGUCCCGCUGCGCUCCUCGCAACUUUUGCAAAACUAGCCCAAAGCAGAGGCACUUUUCACAGGCAGGCUCCUUUAGCCCUCUGUGUCUCUGGGGGCUGGGAGGGGGGGUUGCCAGCUGCCAGGGUUCUCCGUUUUCCCCAUCUACAAAUAAAGUUCUGGGACUUGCAGAGGAGAUUUCUGCAAAAGCAAACGAUGAUUGCCCGUAGCAAGAAAGGCUCAUGUCCUUCUCAACUCUGCCUCGCUCUCUGCGCCUUUGAGCUGGCAUUGCUGGGGGAUGUGUCCCGGGCUGCACCCAUGGACGAUCAGGAUUAUUACCUGCAGGAGAUUAGCAACAGGGAUCAUUAUUAUUCCUUUCCAUAUCCCGGUGAAGAGCUUUUUCCUUUCACGGAGCAACCCGGAGAGGAAGGACCUAUCCGUGCUGCAGAGACAGAGGAGCACCCAGGGUUCAAACCGAGCAGGAAAGAGUUAAAACCGAAGAAAAGCAACAAAAAAGGAAAAUCUAUUCUUGAAACUCCACCAGAUUGUCCUCCACUUGGUCUAGAGACAUUAAAAAUUACUGACUUCCAGCUCCACGCCUCUACAGCGAAGCGGUAUGGCCUGGGGGCCCACAGAGGAAGGCUUAAUAUUCAGGCAGGUGUUAACGAAAAUGAUUUUUAUGAUGGGGCUUGGUGUGCAGGAAGAAAUGACCCAUAUCAGUGGAUUGAAGUAGAUGCUCGAAGGCUAACAAAAUUCACUGGAGUCAUCACACAGGGAAGAAACUCUCUCUGGUCGAGUAACUGGGUGACCUCUUACAGAGUAUUGGUGAGCAAUGACAGUCAUGCAUGGACUGCUGUCAGAAAUGAAUCUGGAGAUGUGAUUUUUGAAGGAAACAGUGAGAAAGAGAUCCCAGUUCUCAAUAUGUUGCCGGUGCCGCUGGUUGCACGUUAUAUCCGUAUAAACCCUCGGUCCUGGUUUGAAGAAGGUAGCAUCUGUAUGAGGCUGGAAAUCUUAGGGUGUCCUUUGCCAGACCCAAAUAAUUAUUACCACAGAAGAAAUGAAAUGACAACCACAGAUAAUCUGGACUUUAAGCAUCACAACUACAAGGAAAUGAGGCAGUUGAUGAAAACUGUGAAUAAAAUGUGCCCGAACAUCACAAGAAUUUACAAUAUUGGAAAAAGCAACCAAGGACUAAAGCUGUAUGCUGUCGAGAUUUCUGACAACCCAGGAGAACACGAAGUUGGUGAACCAGAAUUCCGCUACAUUGCAGGAGCUCAUGGAAACGAAGUGCUUGGACGUGAGCUAAUUCUUUUGUUAAUGCAGUUUAUGUGCCAGGAAUACCUGGCUGGGAACCCGCGCAUUGUACAUCUCAUUGAGGAUACCCGAAUCCACCUCCUGCCCUCAGUCAAUCCGGAUGGAUACGACAAGGCGUAUAAAGCGGGUUCAGAAUUAGGGGGCUGGUCUUUAGGACGAUGGACUCAGGACGGCAUUGACAUCAACAAUAAUUUCCCUGAUUUAAACUCUUUGCUCUGGGAGUCAGAAGAUCAGAAGAAGAGUAAAAAAAAAGUUCCAAACCAUCACAUCCCCAUCCCCGACUGGUACCUGUCUGAAAAUGCUACUGUGGCAGUUGAGACACGAGCAAUAAUAGCAUGGAUGGAAAAAAUUCCUUUUGUGCUGGGAGGCAAUUUGCAGGGAGGAGAGCUGGUGGUGGCGUACCCCUACGACAUGGUGCGAUCGAUGUGGAAAACCCAGGAUUACACACCUACCCCGGACGACCAUGUCUUUCGCUGGCUUGCAUAUUCCUAUGCCUCCACUCACCGGCUGAUGACGGAUGCAAGAAGGAGAGCGUGUCACACAGAGGACUUCCAAAAGGAGGAUGGCACUGUUAACGGAGCCUCCUGGCACACCGUGGCUGGAAGCAUAAAUGACUUCAGUUAUCUGCACACCAACUGCUUUGAGCUGUCCAUCUACGUUGGCUGUGACAAGUAUCCCCAUGAGAGCGAGCUGCCCGAAGAAUGGGAAAACAACCGCGAGUCUCUGAUUGUUUUUAUGGAACAGGUCCAUCGGGGCAUCAAAGGCAUAGUAAAAGAUGUGCACGGAAAGGGAAUCCCAAAUGCUGUUAUUUCAGUAGAAGGUGUUAACCAUGACAUUCGCACAGGAGCCGAUGGUGAUUACUGGCGUCUUCUCAACCCAGGGGAAUACAUGGUGAGUGUGAAGGCGGAGGGCUACACCGCUGCCACCAAGACCUGCGAAGUCGGCUACGACAUGGGAGCUACCCAGUGCGACUUCACCAUCUCCAAAACCAACCUGGCGAGAAUCAAGGAGAUCAUGAAGAAGUUCGGGAAGCAGCCGAUCAGCCUGUCCAUGCGGCGGCUCCGGCAGAGGGCUCGGCAGUGGCGGCAGCAGCGAUAGACCUCAGCCCAGCAGCCCGCGGUGCCCUCGAGCUCUGCUUCUAUCAGCCUGGCUGUAGUCGUAGUGAGAGUUACAUAGCCCAUCUCUGCAUACAUUAUUUCUCUGCACGAGGCCUUUCUGUUAGUGGAGCUGGAUGAGUAGUGGGGUAUUUUUUGUUUUGUUUUUUUUUUUUUUUGUUGGGUGAAAAAUCAGAAACAAAAUUCAAGUUGAACCAAAACAGGCUCCAGUGCGGGGGAGAGGCAGGAAGAAUGUAGAAAGAUGUUUUGAGUUAACCUGGAAUGAAAUUUUUUCCUUGUUGGGUUAUUUAAUCCUUUGUAAAUCUGUUUUCUUUAAAAAUAGAAAAUAGAACAGGAAAAAAAAAAGAAGAUACUUAUAAAGGAGAAGUGUUUUGAAUGAAAAACUGAAAAAUAUUGUUUCUAAAGUAUAAAAUCGGUAUAUUUUUGCAAUUCCAAAAAGUUUUAACACUCUACAUUUUAUUCUUAAAAUAAAGAGGAGGAAGGCUGAGAGGGGACAACUUCUGUUGAAUAUCAUUAAAACUCGUGUCAAAAUUUCAGUCCCCUUUCCUUUUGGCAAGGACCAUGAUACGUGGGGAAAAAUCCUGAAGUGAAUAACCCACCGUAGCUUUCCUGUUUGGGUUGUUUAUGUUUAAGGAUGUCUUGUGAUUCCAGAAUUUAAUGCCAGGAGUGUUUUCUCCUCUUGCUUUUUAAGGAUGCGUUUUAACUCCGUGAACUAAACCUAACGGAAAGGGCACAGGAUAAGGACCACUUCAGCACUGUGGCAUGGCACCCCUUUUCUAACCUGGAGAAGGACUUGAAACAAAGCUUUUCUUGUGGAUGCAGCCAGUUGUGCCAUGUGUUUGAAAGGAGAGCCUUGGUCACUGAUACGUGCAUAGAUUGCAAAUCCACUGAUACCAUCGUUUUUCUUGAUUUUUGGCCUGCCUGUAAGUGUCUUUUGUGCUCAUGCACACCUUGUGCCACUAUCUUCUACGACAUGCAAGGGAUUCUGUGUUUCUCUGCAUGGUCCACUCAUCUUGCCACUGCAGCUGCUGCUGCUUUUUUGGCCUUAUGACUCUAUGGGAGCAGGAUUUGUUCUUUAUUAUUGGCUUUUAAGUAAUAAAAUUGUACAGCAGAAUAGAAUUGAGGCUCAGGAAGGAUGCGGAUCAGAUCUAGGAAAGAAUGAGCUAAAUAAACACUGGACAAAGUAUUAGGUGGUGAACGUCAACUUUGCUCUGUUGGUUUCAGUCUUAUGACCUUAAUUACACCAAAUGAAGGGCCAGCUGCAUGAUAUUAGCCAGUCAAAAGUCUGUGGCUAAAUAAACAUCUCUUAAUAUGCUUGGUAGAAAGACUGCAACAUACACCUCCAAAUAAAAUUCUGUUAUAAACAUUUUAAUUGCUAUUGCAGUUUUUGCCUAUAUAAAAUUAUCCUUGAAAAGACAUUCAUCAAAGUGUCAUUCAAAACUGAGGAAAAAUAAAGUGCAAGUAGAAACCUUACUGUAAAAAUAUCAUAUAUCACCUGCAUUAAAUCAUUUUUUCUUGUCAACAAAUCUUGUAAACAGGUAAAAGGCAGAAGAUUGCAGAAUGAACAACAUAGAACCUUGCAUAACAAAGUCACAUUCUUAAAUUUCUUAGACAAUUCCAGUCCAUGCUUGUUCUACAAUACCAUUAAAUAAUAGCAAUUUAUUUGGCAGCAAGGGCUCAAAGGCAAUAGAAGAGCAUGUACAUAGGUUUCUGUAACUGUAAUUAUGGAACUCCAGCUCCCAGUCAGCAUAAUUUAAAUUAAGUAAUAGAGUUAAAUAAUCCAAUCAGUACGUUAGCAUUUGGAAUUCUAUUUUACUUUUACUCUGUUUACCACCCUUACAGCAUUCUAUAUGCCAUAUAUUUUUGUAUAGCAAAUAUAACAGCAACUUGUCAAGAUGGGAUUAUUUUUUUUUUUUUUUUUGGCAGCUGAGAAGGCAUUAAUGAUGUCUUUGUGCAGGUAAUGGUGUGAAAUCAUUUUGGAAUAUGGAGUAAUGACAGCAGACAAUCCGUUAGCAAUUUAAUUUGUCUUGUUCUUUGGCUUAUGCAGAUUUUGUUGCCACCACAAUAGAUCAGGGCCAUACAUGGGGUUUUGUGAACUGAUGGAGUUUCUUAGGUGGCUUCUCUCUGGAGUCCCACAAAGGCUACGUAGUCAUCUUGCUGGGGGUGGCUGGCAUGGACAGGCAAACGAGGAACUAACCAGCCAAAUUUAAAUCACUCUGAUAAUCAGACUGAGGGUAGAAUCUACUGUCUUAGUCCUGGCAAGUCAGUUCUAUCUUGAAAUAAUGUUUCAGGCUGGUUUGAGAUUUCCUUUACAAACCUAGAGGUCCCUAAGCUUUGUUCUCAGGUAUGAGUUAUCUCAACGAGAGGUUGUUUUUUUAUUUGAUAGCAAGAAGUGGAUUUGAUGGGAAAUUCUUCAACGUCUAUUAGCUAAAAUUAGAUGGACUUUGAUUGCUGGAGACCUCGGUAACAUCAGAUGCUGAAGACAGUGGCCUUGGUUCUCUUUACUGGCUGUGAAUAGUGCUUGCACGUACCUGGGCACAACAGGACUAUGACUAAUGCAAGUGACCUUACUCCAUUUUAGUCCAGGCAUUGUUAAAUAAAUGGCCUACUAGCUGUCAA